UCUAUGGCAGGGAGGGAGCGGGAGAACUAAAGGAGGCUACCGCGCAUGCUCAGAACCCGGGGGGAGGCGGUGGGGGAAAAUGGCGGACAGCAAAGCGGGAGAGGAGAAGCCGAAGCAGCCGCAGACAGACGGAGUUAAGAAACAUCAUGGACAGGCUGUUUGUAUGACUUGGAAAACAUGGCAGGAAAUUAUAGGACCUGAAGAAGAGGCAGAAAAACCUGUGAAAACUAAGACUGUUUCUUCCAGUAAUGGAGGGGAAAGUUCGAGUCGCAGCGCAGAGAAACGGGUAGCUGAUGAAGAAGCUGAAGAUUUCACCACAAAGCCUGCUCCUGCCAAAAUGUCCAAGUUUGGAUUUGGCAUAGGCAGUCAGACAACAAAGAAGGCACCUGUGAUAUCCAUCAAACUUGGAGCAAAUAAACCUAAAGAGCCUGCUCCCACCCUUGCUCCAAAAACCCUUUCUGUAGCAGCAGUUUUCAAUGAAGAUGAUGAUAGUGAACCAGAAGAAAUGCCUCCAGAAGCAAAGAUGCGCAUGAAGAAUAUUGGAAGAGAUACACCAACCUCAGCAGGACCAAAUUCUUUCAACAAAGGAAAGCAUGGGUUUUCUGACAACCAGAAGUUGUGGGAACGGAACAUAAAAUCUCAUCUUGGAAAUGUCCCUGAGGAUGAUGAUGACGACUAAAUGAUAUCUGUUGAGAUUUGGGUGUGGGGGGGAGGGCAGGGUGUGACAUUAAAGGAACAGUUUCCUUUUUUAAGAAUGGUCUGAGAUUUACCUUUGGAGCCACUUUUUCUAAGGAUUGAGUGGUACAAUAAUAACUGAGUUUGAAAUUAGAGGUAAUUUAUGUUUUGUAUACAGAUUUCAAGGCAUUUGCUAAUUUUGUAGUUCUAUGUGAUUAGUUUCAAAAGGUUACAAAUAAUAAAGAAAUUGGAAGUGG